AUGGUCCCGCACCACCUGAUCCAGGCGUGUUUCCAACAGUUCAGGACUGAUUACGCUGAUAGUCGCAUGAUGACGAAUGUGACAGAACACCGAAAGCAGGGCCAAUAUGUUAACGGAUUCAACACAAUGGGUCUGAUUGUCUGGUCUUUUGUUUUUGGAGUGAUCUUUAACAAGAUGGGAGAAAAGGGGAAAAUCCUCAUUGAGGUCGUUACUGUCAUAAACGAGGCCAUAACAGCUACGAUCGACAUGAUAAUGGGCUACUUGCCAAUUGGAGUGAUGUUCAUGAUUGCACGCAAUGUUUUGGAGAUUGACGAAUGGGAAACUAUCUUUAAACUGGGAAUGUUCAUUAUAGUGGUUACGACUGGACUUUAA